AUGUUGACUUCUUCAACAACCACUCCGUGCAAUGUCGUCAAAUUGGACAAACUAAUUGAGCGUUUCUGGUAUGUUGAAGACUUUGAUCAUGAACCCGUUCGAUCUCGUGAUGAAAUUUCUUGCGAACAACAUUAUGUUACACAUACCAAAUGUGAUGUUAGUGGAAGAUACAUAAUUCGACUUCCAUUCAGAGAUUCCAAAUUGAAUCUAGGUGAAUCUCGUAGGCAGCCCCUCAAACGCUUUUCUUCGUUAGACCGAAAACUUUCAUCGAAUCCUCCACUGAAAUCCGAGUACAUCAGAGUGAUGGAGGAGUACAUUUCUCUUGGCCAUAUGACUCUUUGUGAUGAAACUGAAGGUGGGUAUUAUCUUCCUCACCAUGCUGUCAUCAAGGACUCCAGUGAGACCACCAAGGUUCGUGUAGUGUUUGACGCUUCAGCCAAAACUUCUACGGGCAUUUCGCUCAAUGACACCCUCCUGGUUGGUCCCACUAUCCAAAAUACCAUAUUUGAACAAGUUCUUCGAUUUCGCACUCAUCGCUAUGUCAUCACGGCGGACAUUGAGAAAAUGUAUCGUCAAAUCCUGGUUCAUCCAGAUGAUCGACAGUUCCAAAAGGUUUUAUGGCCCUAUCAGGGGAAUCUUCGAACUUUUCAACUCAACACUGUGACUUUUGGUACAGCCGCCGCUCCAUUUCUAGCAGUUCGUACUAUUCAGCAACUUGCCCGUGAUGAAGCACACGAUUUUCCACGUGCCAGUAAACUUCUCCUUCGUGACUUUUAUGUCGAUGAUUUCAUUUCCGGGGCCGAUUCUUUGGAUGAACUAUUAACUAUCCGUGAUGAGAUGAUUGCUUUAUUAUCACGCGGUGGUUUCAUCAUUCGUCAAUGGUCGUCUAAUCAUCGUUCAGCUUUGAACACCUUCGAUAAAAAAUUCUUCGAUUUAGACUGUUUGAUCAAAAAUGAUCCAGUCCAGAAAACCUUGGGAAUCAUAUGGGAUGCCCAGAAUGAUCUGUUGCGGUACACUUUGAAUCAAGUUGAUACUAACGUCGCUGCAACAAAACGUAAACUCCUCUCUGAAUUGUCGAAAAUCUUUGAUCCAUUAGGGUUAUUAGGUCCCGUAACAUUAUUCGCUAAAGUCUUAAUUCAAGACUGCUGGAAGGCUAAGAUCACUUGGGAUGAGUCUCUUCCUCAAGACAUUCACACCAAGUGGACAUCAUUAGCACUUCAACUACCAAGGUUGCAAGAAAUCUCAUUUCCUCGACAAAUUCUGAUCCUUAAUCAUUCUCGAGUCGAAAUCCAUGGAUUUUGUGAUGCCUCCAUUCAUGGAUAUGGGGCGUGUCUGUAUAUCAAAUCUAGCAAUCCACUAGGUGAUGUAUCAAUCAAACUAGUCUGCAGUAAAUUGCGAGUAGCACCCUUGAGUGGACUUACCAUUCCUCGAUUGGAACUCUGCGCAGCUACCAUCCUCAAAAGAUUAUAUCUUGAAACUAAGGCUCAGUUGGACUUCUCCAUUGAUCAGGUUUAUUUGUGGUCUGAUUCCACUAUCGUUCUUUGCUGGCUCAAGGAAGCCCCUCAUCUUUUAAGAACUUUCGAGUCAAACAGGGUUGCAGACAUUCAAGAGUUAGGAAAUCAAGUUAGCUGGAGACAUGUCCGAUCUGAGGACAAUCCAGCUGACGCAUUGUCUCGAGGACAACUUCCAUCCGAUUUCGUCAAAAAUUCUCUCUGGACCUCAAGUCCUAGAUGGUUGAUUCUCGACCAAUCCCAAUGGCCACAGUUGAUCGAACCUUCGGUUACUCAAGUGCCUGGACUAAAAAAGAGCAUCUGCCUGCUCACUAACAUUUCAUCUGAAUCCAUUUACACUCGUUUCUCGAACUUCGAACGAUUGCACGAACGAUUCUCCAUCGAACUCCGAAGGCUUUCGACGACACAGUCUUCGGAGGGUCCAGUCCGUUCAUAUUUGAAGGGAACUCCCUUUGAUCAAUUACAUCCAUUCGUGGAUGACAAGGGAAUCCUUCGUGUGGGGGGACGUCUCAAGAGGUCGGAACUUUCCUACAAUCAAAAACAUCCCAUUUUGCUGCCUAGUAAACAUCCUGUUACGGAUAUGAUCAUUCGACAGGUUCAUCAGUCAAAUCUCCAUAAACCAAAGUUGGUUCACGCUCAGAUGGCUGAUUUGCCUAGAGCUAGAGUCAACGAAGCACCAGCUUUCUCGCGCACAGGUGUCGAUUUCUUUGGACCAAUUCUCAUCAAGGAGAAGAAGGAUCGCAACCGAUCCUUCCUCAAGGCCUACGGUUGUGUGUUCGUUUGCAUGGUUUCAAAGGCCGUACAUAUCGAGCUUGCCACUGAUCUUUCCACAGAAGGUUUUUUAUCAGCAUUUCAAAGAUUUGUCAGUCGCAGAGGAGUUCCUGAAUAUGUCGAUUCUGACAAUGCCGAUCCCAAUGAUCCCUUAGCCAUAACUCCAGCUCACCUAUUGAUAGGUAGACCAUUCAACGCGCUGCCCGAUAAAUCGUUUAUUUCAGUUCCAGAUAAUCGUUUGUCUAGGUACAAUUUCAUCACUAAGGCCAAACAAGAUUUCUGGAACAAGUGGCACAAAGAAUAUCUCCACGAAUUGCAAACUCGUCAUAAAUGGCAUGACUCAACUGCGGAACUCAAACUAGGCUCAGUGGUCCUCCUCAUGGAUGAUCUCGUCACCUGUGCACGAUGGCCACUGGGAGUGAUCGUAGAAGUCUUCCCUGGGAGUGACGGCAUCGUUCGAGUCGCAUCAGUCAAAACUGCUGGCGGCAUCUACAAACAGAACAUCACUCGCCUAUGUCUCUUGCCUGUAACUUAG